AUGCAAAAGCCAUUCAAAGAUGAUAGCCAUUUAGAAAAAUCUAAUAUCCCAUUAUUUCCUUAUGAAUUAAUCAAAGAAACAAGUCCUACUUUUCGACUUGAAAAUAAUCCUAAUAUAAGUUUUAAUCAAAACAAAAUAUUUGGAGAAGUAGUAGUAUGUGCAGAACAUCUUGAAAAAGAAUAUCAAAUAGAAGGAAGAAAUGAACCAGUACUUGCUAUUAGAGAUAUUUCAUUUGGUAAUAAAUCGGAGAUUUUAGGUAUUAGAAAAGGAGAAUUUGUUAUGUUACGUGGUCCAAGUGGAGGAGGAAAAACUACAUGCCUCAAUAUGAUUGGUUUAAUUGAUAAACCUUCUCAUGGAAAACUUACAAUGUUUGGAACAGAAAUUAAUGAAAAAACAAGAGAAUCUUUUAUGGCAAAUCUUCGUCUAGAAAAAAUAGGAUUUGUGUUUCAAACAUAUAACCUCCUUUCGACAAUGUCUGCAUAUGAAAAUGUUGAACUCCCUAUGAAAAUACUUGGGAAGUUGAAUAAAAAACAAAGACAUGCACGAACAAUUAAACUUCUUGAAUUAGUUGGUCUUCAAGAUCGAAUGAAUCAUCUUCCUUCUGAACUGUCAGGAGGAGAACAACAACGAGUUACUAUUGCUCGUGCAUUAUCAAAUGAACCAGAAUUAUUAUUAAUGGAUGAACCAACAGGAGAUCUAGAUACCAAGAAUACAAUAGAAGUAAUGAAUUUAAUUCUUGAAUUAAAUCAAAAAAUAGGAACAACAAUCAUUAUGGUCACUCAUAAUCCUGAUAUUGAAUGUUAUGCUGAUAGAAUCAUCUAUUUACAAGAUGGACAUAUUAUCAAACAAGUAAUGAAUUCUCAACAAACAAAACUAGACUAUACAGCAUUUAUGAAAUAUAUCUCAUUAAGAGAAGAAAAAUAA